AUGGUGGCGGAACCGGCCGCUGCACCGCCGUCAAGGCGACCCCAACCAACGACGGCAUCAACGCCGUACUCUCCUGGGACUGGGAAGGUGUCACUGUACGUGGGUGAUCUUAACCCGCGAGUCACCGAGAAAGACCUCGAAUCCACAUUCCACUUCAUGGGUCCCAUUGCCUCCAUCCGCCUCUGCCGAGACUUCCGCACGGGAAAAUCCCUUCGCUACGCCUACGUCGACUUCUUCUCCCACUCUCACGCGUCUAAAGCUAUAGAAUGUCUAAACCGCACUGAGUUGAAGGGAAGACCCAUGAGGGUAAUGUGGUCUCAAAGAGACCCUCUUUCAAGAAAGACUGAAGUUGGCAAUCUCUUUGUGAAGAACCUUGACAGUUCAAUGACAAGUGCUAAAUUGCAAGGCAUGUUCAGCAAAUUUGGGAAUAUACUAUCUUGCAAGGUUUCUAAAGAAAAUGGGACAAGCAAGGGCUUCGGGUUUGUCUGCUUUGAUUCAGAGGACUCUGCCAUGGCUGCGCUCACUGCUCUCCAUAAUUCGACCGUGCAAGGAAAAAAGUUACAUGUUUCCAAAUUUGUCAAGAGAAGUGUGAGGACAAAAACAAAUGAAGAACGAGCAUCAACCAAUCUGUUUUUCAAGAACCUUGAUUAUGAUAUAACUGAGGAUUUCCUACAAGAGCUGUUCUCUGAGUUUGGGAAGGUUUCUAGUCUGAACCUCUUGAAGGAUGGCAAUGGCAAUUCAAGAGGCUUUGGCUUUGUCAAAUUUGAAUCCCUGAAAGAGGCUAAGAACGCUGUGGAGCAUCUGAACGGCUUGCUGCUUGGGUCAAAGCAUUUGGUCAUUGAAACGGCUCAGAUAAAAGUUGAAAAGAAGAUGAUCAACUACCAAUUUGAAAAGUUUAAGGACACAAAUAAUCUGUGUGUUAAGAACCUUGACCUAUCGGUGAAUGACACCAAACUGAGAGAUCAUUUCAGUUGCUGUGGAAAAGUGAUAUCAGUUAGAGUGAUGAGAUUCACUGAUGGCACUAGUAAGGGAUAUGGUUUUGUUUGUUUCUCCGCCCAAGAGGAAGCAAAGAAGGCUCUGCACUCACUUAAUGGGACCGUCUUAGAAGGAAGGCAUUUGCGCUUGAUUUUGGCUCCAAAUAGAGAAUAUUGCAACAUGGUGUCGGAAGAUUACAUCCGUGCUGAAUCUUCCUCAAGAGAUUCGCCUGAAAAUCUGGCUGAUUCUGCUCCUGCCCCUUUUCUCAGUUGCGCCUACAUUCCUACCUCUCUUGCACACUCUUUUCAAUACCAACCAAUCGGCUAUUUUGGCGGUGAUGCUGGUGCAUCGUAUCCAUUUCUGUUGCUGCAGGAUCUCCUGAAUCAGUGGUACACAUAUGUUCCAGGAACACAACUGCAGCUGGAUGAUCAGACUUUCCAGAAUUUCUUUAGUUCUGAAUAUCACCGGGAGCAAGUUAAGGAUCAUCUGUGGGACCUCCAAGACAAUGUUUAGGAAUCU